UUCAACUUUCUCCCAAUCCCAGACACCUCGAAGGGGCUCCAAGGAGGGAUCGGGAGGGAUUUUUUUUUUUGGUUGGCCUUUUUAUUUUUUUCCUCUUGGAUCCUGAUGCCAUCCCCCCUCCCCCCAAAGUGAGGUCCUCCCUCCUUCCUUCCCUCCUCCUUCUCCUCGCAGGCCAGCGAAGCAGCCGAUCAAGGGGGAGCUGGCGGGUUAGGUGCCCCCCUCUUCUCCCUGCCCUCCCCCCCCUCCCGGCCCGCUUCUCGCGUCUCCCCCCAGAGAUGAUGCAGCAGGACGAGUCAAACUCGCCAGUCUCCCCCGCCGACGACAGCUUGAGCAACAGCGAAGAGGAGCCGGACCGGCAGCAACUGCCCAACAACAAGAGAGGGGGGCGCAAGCGCCGCUCCAGCCGCCGCAGCGCCGGCGGCGCCGUCGGGGCCGCGGACGAGCCCUGCAGCCCGGCCCAAGGCAAGCGGGGCAAGAAGUGCGGGGCGGGCGGGGGCGGCGGGGGCGGCGGAAGCAGCAGCGGCGGCGGCAGCCCCCAGUCCUACGAGGAGCUGCAGACCCAGCGGGUCAUGGCCAACGUGCGGGAGCGGCAGCGCACUCAGUCGCUGAACGAAGCCUUCGCCGCCCUGCGGAAGAUCAUCCCCACGCUGCCCUCGGACAAGCUGAGCAAGAUCCAGACCCUCAAGCUGGCGGCCAGGUACAUCGACUUCCUCUACCAGGUCUUACAGAGCGACGAGCUGGACUCCAAGAUGGCAAGCUGCAGCUAUGUGGCCCACGAGCGGCUCAGCUACGCCUUCUCGGUGUGGAGAAUGGAGGGCGCCUGGUCCAUGUCCGCAUCCCACUAGCAGGCGGCGUCCCCCACCCGCAUCCCCCCGGCAGGAGCCCUAGAUGACAUUGCUCCCACAGAAGGAGAGAAUGGACAAUCUAGAGACUCUGAAGUUGGAUACGAUUUUUUUUGAUCUUGUCUAACAAAAAAUGUACCAAGGAUUUCUUGGAAAUUAGAAGAGUAAUAUCCAAAUUCAAAGCAGGGCGUGGGGAGCACUUAAGGAAAGAGAAAGAGAGAAGGGUUUUGGACAGUGACUACCCUCUGGGCGUCGGUACAAUCCACACAUCUCUGCAUUCUGAUAGAAGUCUGAAUCGUUCGAUUUUUUAUUUUUUUUUUAAUUUUGA